UAUAAAACCAAUCACUAUCGCAUCCACUCCCAUCCAAUUAUUACUCUCUAAUUUCCCAAACAAUGUCCAUCUCCGAAAUCUCACCCGAAUCCCAGAGGAUUCAGUUGGUGUCUCGCUCCGUCUCCGAACGCCUGCUCUCCAAAUACCACGACGUAUCUGAGUUCAACUUCGACCACUCCCAGAGCGCCCUCUGGUCUCCUCUGGUUCAACGAAGAGCGUUUCUGAGCUCGCCAGACGACCUCAGAAGCGCCAACGCUAGGAGAAGAUCAUCCGCCCUCUCUUUCAACGUCGACAUGCUUGUGUGCUCCCAUGAGAUGCUGAAUAGUACUACUCGAAUUCGGAGAUUGCACCUGCUCUUCUGCAUCAAACAACUACUCUGCAACUCAACAUAAUCGCUACAUCCAUAUAUUUAUAUAGACUAUUGUAGUAUGGAAGUGAUACUUAAUGUAACAAUAGAGAGACAACAACCA